UCAAAAAAAAUCUUUCAAAUUCGGUCAAACCGCACAACACAAACUCUCUCUCUCUAUCUCUCGCCCUCACUCACUCCCGUGCUUUUCGCACAUUUGACAUACAUCUCUCUCUCUCUCUCUCUCUCUCUCUCUCUCUCCGAGUAGGGUUCCGAAACCCUAGUCCUCGAGCCAGGGUUUUGUAUAAUCGAAGCCGAAUCUCGCACUGGCAUUGCACAAUUCGCAAGAAUUCCGAGUAGAACGACUACGUUUCAGCUCUGUUUCCUGCUAGUUCCAUUUCUAGUUUGAGCUAAAAAAAUACUUUGGAUCUUUGUUUGGUGAAAAAUAGCGAUGUGCUGAGUGAUGGCGCUUAAGGUUCCAGCUCCAAAAGCUGCUGAGAUUGCGAUUGCAUCAAUUGGGCAUGGAUAUGAUAUAUCCAUCGAUUUAAGGCUCAAGUACUGCAAAGGAGAGUCGUACACUUCUAGAUUGAUUGAAAUCGAUGACGAUGGGGGUCGUGAGAUUGUUCUUCCAGGUGGGAUUACAAUCCCCAAUGUUCCCAAAUCGAUAAAAUGCGAUAAAGGAGAACGCACACGCUUCAGGUCCGAUGUUCUCUCUUUCCAACAGAUGUCAGAGCAGUUCAACCAGGAAAUUUCAUUGACUGGAAAAAUACCCUCAGGUCUUUUCAAUUCUAUGUUUGAAUUCUCAGGCUGUUGGCAGAAAGAUGCAGCUAACACUAAGACACUUGCUUUCGAUGGGGUGUUCAUCACUCUCUAUACCGUUGCACUGGAAAAAUCUCAGAUGGUACUACUUGAUAACGUUAAAAAAGCAGUCCCAUCAUCAUGGGAACCUGCUGCAUUAGCAAGGUUUAUAGAGACAUUUGGAACCCAUAUUGUUGUUGGUGUGAAGAUGGGUGGGAAGGAUGUUAUAUAUAUGAAGCAGCAGCAUUCUUCAACUCUUCAACCAGCCGAUAUACAGAAAAAAUUAAAGGAUAUGGCAGAUAAAAGGUUUUUAGAUGCAAAUGGUCAGUAUGGUAUGCCUUCGGAACAAGGUUACAAGAAUUACAAGUUUGAAAUCAGGGAGCAGAGGUUGCGCUUUGCAGAUACUAGUCCAUCAAGUUCUUAUUCACGCAAGGAAGAUAUUGUAAGCAUUUGCAAGAGGAGGGGUGGAAGUGAUACGAGAGAUCUAUCGCAUAAUGAAUGGUUGCAAACUGUUCAGUUUGAACCUGAUGUAAUCGCGAUGUCAUUUAUACCAAUUACCUCUCUGCUGAAUGGAGUUCCUGGGAGUGGAUUCUUGAGCCAUGCCAUAAAUCUUUAUUUACGAUAUAAACCACCAAUUGAAGAGCUCCAUCAGUUUUUGGAAUUCCAGCUGCCAAGGCAGUGGGCACCAGUUUUUAGUGAACUUCCUCUUGGUCCACAGCGGAAGCAACAAAGCAAUGCAUCUCUACAGUUUAGCUUAAUGGGGCCCAAACUUUACGUUAACACCAGUCUGGUUGACGUAGGAAAGAGGCCAGUGACUGGUCUGCGGCUGUACCUAGAAGGCAAAAGAAGCAACCGUUUGGCCAUCCACUUACAACACCUAUCCUCUCUUCCAAAAAUCUUCCAACUCGAAGAUGAUCCAAAUGGAAACUUCCGUCGUGAUUCCUAUGAUCGUAAAUACUACGAGAAAGUCCAAUGGAAGAACUUCUCUCAUGUCUGCACUGCGCCUGUGGAGUCUGAUGAGGAUCUUUCAAUAGUAACCGGAGCCCAGUUACAGGUUGAGAAUUAUGGAAUAAAGAAUAUCCUCUUCUUGAGACUCCGGUUUUCUACUGUUUUCGGGGCUACAGUUGUAAAGCAUCCUGAAUGGGAUGGAUCACCAGGUUUGGCACAUAAAUCUGGACUCAUAUCAACACUAAUCAGCCAUCAUUUUACAACAGUUCAAAAGCCACCUCCGCGGCCAGCAGAUGUGAACAUAAAUUCUGCUGUUUACCCUGGGGGUCCUCCGGUUCCCAUCCAAGCUCCAAAGCUUCGGAAAUUUGUUGAUACAACAGAGAUGACAAGAGGGCCACAAGAGACUCCAGGUUAUUGGGUUGUCUCUGGGGCAAGGCUAGUGGUUGAAAAGGGCAGGAUAUCACUCCGUGUGAAGUAUUCUUUAUUGACUGUGAUAGUACCUGAUGAAGAGUUGGAGGGACAUUAGCUCAUUCUGGUUUUUGUCAAAUUAAAAUGGAAAAGUUCGAAAGAAGAAAAGAAGUUACAUGGUAUAGAUGUAUGGUUACUAAGAGGAGGAAGAACAGUGUGGAUGUGAGAGGGUGAGGGUAUUCGAAAUCGGAGGGUUAGGAUUCGUGUAUAUUUCAUUUCUCACCUCUGAUGUCAUUUGUUUUGAAUGUAGAUUUUUCUGAUCAUCACAAGUUCAUAACAGGGCAGGGUUCUGUCAUUUGCAAAUUUAUCU